GAGUAUCCUGAAAGAAAGAAAAAAAAAAGGAAAACAAAAAAAGAAAGAAAAAAGUAACAAACGUGAAACCAGGAAGAGAAAAGCGACUAGGAAAACAUUGUGUCUGUGUAUCUGUUGCAAUAGAAAGAAGAGAGGAAAGAGAAGGAGAGAGAGAGAGAUAUAUAUAUAUAGAGAGAGUGUGUGUGUGUAAAGUAAGUCUAUUGAGGGUGGGGCGAGAGUUUGAUAAUAAACUCGACAGAUUAUAUUAGAUGGUUUUAGCUUGCUAAGUGUGUUUGAAUGAGUAAGUGAAAGUAUUUGUAUACGAGAGGAGAGAUAGAGGGUAGCAGACAGUGAGAGAGGUAGUAUAGUGUUUGUGUGUGUGUGCGUGCGUGUCUCUGUGUGUGUGUGUGUGCGUGAGUGUCUCUGUGAGUGUAUGUGUGAUAGUGCAUGCGUGUAUGUAUAUAUAUGUGUGUGUUUGGUAUGCGUGUGUAUGAUAAAGAGAAGGGUGUCACCGCCUGAAGACCGGCCUAUUAGUAAAUAUCCUGUUGGGCGUUGUUGUUGUAUAAAAGCGAGUGUUAUAUAUAGAUAGAUAUAUGAAAUAAAAGCCAGUACGGUGUUGACCGUUCUUUAACAACAGUGUCGUACCUUUACAUGCUGCCACCAUUAGUUGCUGUAAAGGAACGCGAGCCGACGGCCCCGCGGCCAGUCGCAGUCGCAGUCGUGACGGCCCUAUUAGGCUCAAUUCAUCAAGUUUGCCAUCAACAAGAGAAGCAGCAGCCGCAGCAGUAGCAGCAGCAGCCGAAGCAGCCGCAGCAGCAGCAGCGGUAGGCGAAACACGGAGGCUGGACCGCCCUCAGGAGGUCCCGGAUGAUUGUGGUGCAUCCUGUAUGUGGGAGGGAAUUAAGAAGAAUGCCAAUAUGGCUCAGUAUACCCAUGUAAAAGCACUGCAGCUGCCCCAGAGGUCGUGUCGAAAACUGGGUCUAAUCGAGGUGGCAAUGAUGGUGAUGCGUAUUGAGAUAAAAACUAUAGAAUUCUGGCGGGCUGUUAUUAGUGAAUGUUUAGGUACCUUUCUUUACGUUUUGCUUGGAUGUAGUUCAAUGUUGUAUUGUAACGACGGAAGUUCGAUUUUGACCGGCCGCGUACAGGCCGCUGUGGACAACGACAUGAGGGUCGACUCCUCAGGAAUUCAUUCGGCCGGCGACCAUCGAACGGGCAUGGAUCGUGGCGUAAAUUUUGGAGGCAGUUCGGACGCACAAGCUUAUCUAAUCAUCGCACUCUCUUUCGGCCUGAUUAUGGCCACGCUAGUCCAGUGUUUUGGACACAUAUCCGGAGCCCAUUUUAACCCUGUUACCACAGUUGCUAUGGCUCUCACUUGCAAGAUCACACCUCUUCGUGGAUUUUUCUAUGCAGUUGCGCAACUUGGAGGAGGCAUUGCUGGAGCAGCACUAUUAUACGGGUAAGUACCUGAUUUCAAUAG